AUGAAUACAAUGGACUACUUAAGAGGAGUACCCAACACAUCAAAUGAAGACGAUCAACAGGAUUUAGUCGACUAUGAAGAGCUUAUAAAUUACAAGACACUACUGUUUGAGAAGGAGUAUGAAUGCUCCAGUCUCAGCCUUGACCAUCUGGUCGAGAUACAGAAUCACAAGAAGACACAAUAUCAGUUAAUGAUGAAGGACUAUGACAUUGAAGAGAUGAAGGAGAGUUAUCAAUCACACUUUGUCAAUGAAGUUAGAUCAAUGAUUACUGAAUACAACGAAAGCAAACAAUCACAAUAUGAGAACUUACUGUCGAUAUACAAUGAGACAAAGGAGUUGUUGGAGGACCAGAUUCUGAUCCAGUAUCAAGAGUUGGAGUCAUCCGCCGCCAAGAUGAAGGAACUGGAGAGAAAGAAUAUGUUGCUGAUCCAAGAGUCCAGCGAUGUGGACGCCGACCUCAAACAACAGAUCCAGGAUCUUACCGAAGAGAACCAGGCACUCCAGGACAAGCUGACCAAGACCACCACCAAGGACACAAAGGACUCGGCCAAACUGAAGCAGGAGAUCGAGAACCUAAAGGGUCGCCUCAGCGUCAUGACCACCCAACACGACAGUCUGCGCGACAUCAACGCGUCGCUCACCAAGGAGAAGGAGCGCCUCAUCCAGGACGUGUCCGAGGCCAAGGGCGAGACUCGUCAGAAGAAGAAGGACACUACCGAUCGUCUAAAGGACGAGGCCGCUCGCGCCAAGGAGAAGGCCGAUCGCGCCAAGGAAGAGGCCGACAACAUGCGCGAAGAGUGUGCCACCGCGCGCGAGCGCAUCAAGGAGCUGGAGACUUUGCUCAACGACAAGAAGUCCACGGGCAAGCGUGAGGACUCCAAGUGGAAGGCUGAGCGCGACAGACUGCUGGAGGACAUCAAGGACCUGAAGGACGAGAUCAAGGAGGGCAACGCGCUCAAGAAGCAACAGGCCAAGGAGUUUGUCGAGGACAACCAUAACCUGCGCGAGCAGAACGCUUCGCUCAAGGACCGCAUCAACCUAAUGACUCUGGAGAUUGACAAUCAGGGCGAGAAGGAGGGACUGAUCAGCGACAAGUUCCGCAUCGAGAAUGAGAAGCUGUCUGGCCAGCUGGAGAAGUCGCGCACCGCACUCGCCGACGAGAAGGAGAAGCUCAAGACCGAGCGCGCCAAGGCUAAGGAGGCAGUGGCCGCCUGGAAAAAGGAGAUGGCUGCCCUUCACGAGACCAAUGAGACCCUCGAGGAUAAGUUGGCUGCUGCUCAAAGAGACUCAAGCAACAACACUGAGGAGAAGGAGAAGCUCAAGACUGAGCGCGCCGCAUUCAAGUCCAAGGAGGCCGACCUCAACAAGCAGUUGGCCGAGUUGCAAAAGUCGUACAACUCGAUCGAGAAGAGUUUGGAGGAACUCGAGCAGGAGAGAGGAGACCAGCUCUCCCAGAUCAAGACUGAGAAGGAGAAGCUCAAGACUGAGCGCGCCGCAUUCAAGACCAAGGAGACCGCUCUCAACAAGCAGUUGGCCGCCAUCCAAGAUACCAACAGCGAGCUGGAGUCCAGGUUGACUGCAUUGGAGUCAUCUUCAUCGAGACAGACAGAGUUGGCCGCAGAGAACACCCGUUUGAAGACCGAAGUCAAGUCACUCAAGGCUCAAGUUGCCGAGGCUGUAAAGUCCAAGCCAAUGCCAGUUGCCGCCGCUGAGGUUGAGGAGGAAGAGGUUGCCGAGCCACCAGUCAAGACAACCCGUACAAGAGGCGCUUCAAGGAAGGCUGCUGCUGCUAUUGCAGAGAUCUCACAGGUCGAGGAUGAGGAGGAGGAGGUUGCCGAGCCAGAGCCCGUCAAGACUAUCAGACGUGGAGGCAGGAGAGUCACCAUCUCGGACAAGGUUGAGCAGCUCGAGAUCCCCACUCGCGAGGCACUCAAAGCUCAAUCUGAGGAGGCUGAGGAGCCAGAGAUCAAGGAGCCAACAAAGAAGAGGAGGUCCAGUGCCAAGGCCAAGGACGAGGAUGAAGUUGUCGAUGAGGUCAUCAAGGAGAAGCCAAAGAGAACCAGGACUAGCAGUGCCAAGGCCAAGAAGGUGGACGAGGAUAUCGAGGAAAAGGAGGAGGUUGCCGAGCCAGAGAAGGAGAAGCCAAAGAGAAGAUCAUCCAGCAAGUCACAAAAGGUUGAGGAAGUCGAGGAUGAGGAGGUUGCCGAGCCACAGAAGGAGAAGCCAAAGAGAGCCAGUCGAGCAAAGGCUGCCGACAAUGUUGAAAAGACUGAGAAGCCAAAGAGACAAUACAAGAGAAAGCAAUUGGCAGAUUCUGAUGAGGUCGAGGAGGCCGUCCAAGAGCCAGAGAAGCCCAACAAGAAACAGAAGAGGUCCAGCAAGUCAGCCCCAGUUGAGGAGGACCACGUCGACGAGAAUGUUGAGGAAGAGGUCGAUGAGCCCGCCAAGACCAAGAAGCCAAGGGCCAGGAAGUCCACCACACCCACUGCCAAGUCUGAUGCUGCCGAGAAGAAGACAGCAGCAUCCGCCAAGACCACCAAGUCGUCGACCUCUCGUGGCAAGUCAGUCACCGACGAUGACGAAGAAGACCAAAGCAUCAGUAACAAAGAGAACGUUGUCAACUACAAGUCAUCGUCCUCGUCAUCCUCCUCCCUGCUGUCCAAGAGCGCCAUGCCCUUGUCCAACAACUUUAACGCAUCCAACAUCAUUUCGACCACAACCUACGUGCCCAAGACAACUUCAUUGCUGCCGAUGGGCAGAUCAUCCAAUCUCAAGGAUCUCAUUCUUGGAUUCAAGAUUCCAGUUCUUUCCAACAUGGGCAAGUGA